CUUUCUUUCGUGCACACCUUGCUCCUUGUACAAAGCCCAGAAGGCUGCCAGAGGGUAGCGUUUACACCUCCAGCUUGGUGAGUCUGGGACAACAGCAAGCAAGAUCAGAGGGAGGAGAGAGAUGAGCAGAGUGGAGUGAGAAAGAGAUUAUGGUGGUGUAGGCAGCUGAGUGGGAAGGGGAGGAGCGAGAGAGGGAGCAAUGGUGGGGGGAUGCGCCGGCGGCGACGGCGCCGCCGAGGGGACGCUCGCGCGGUGGCGAAGGGCGGCGGCCAAGCGGAUCGGCCUCUCCUGCGCCUCGUUCUUCUCCUACGCCACCGCUCCCUCCCCGCCUUCUUCCAAAACUAUCUCAUGCUCGGCACUGAAUGCGCCUGCAGACGGCAGUGAUGGAGAGCAGCAAAAGAUGGAGGAACCCACCAGCACCAGAGUGGCUGACAAGAAUCUAUGUGCAAUUUGUUUGGAGCUCCUCAGCACCAGCAGCAGUGAUGUUGACAAUGUUGAGAGGCCAGCAAUCUUCACAGCUCAAUGCUCCCACUCUUUCCACUUCCUAUGCAUCGCCUCCAACAUCCGGCAUGGCAAUAUCACCUGCCCUAUCUGCCGUGCACAAUGGUCUGAGCUGCCACGUGACCUGAAGAUUCCACCAUUGCUGCACAACCAGUCGGAUCCAAUCCUUCGCAUCCUUGAUGACAACAUCGCAUCAUCCCGUGUUAACAGAAGGUCCUCCAUUCGUGCUGCCCGCUACAAUGAUGAUGACCCGGUUGAGCCUUACACUUCGACUGAGCAUGUGGACCCAUGUCUUCGCUUUGCCCUUAUCCCAGCUCCAGUGGCAGCUCAUCAUCAUGUCCUCGGGCAUUAUCCCUGCGGACGUAUGUUGCCACUUCGACAGCACUGCCAAUACAGCAGCUCCUCCAUGCUUUCACCACCACAGAUAGCUUCACCAAGCGGGCAAAGGCGUGCUUACCUCUCUGUCAGUCUUGCUCCGCAGCCAGCCAUGGACUUGGUCCUGGUUGCCAGUCCUAAUGGACCACAUCUAAGGCUCUUGAAGCAGGCAAUGGCACUUGUUGUCUUCUCCAUGAGGGCAAUCGACCGGUUAGCCAUUGUCACAAAUGCUACCACCGCAACCCGUGCCUUCCCCUUGCGUCGGAUGACAUCGCAUGGAAAAAGAAUAGCAUUGCAGGUCAUUGAACACCUCUGUUGUGUUGGCGGAACUGAUCCUGUAGGUGCUAUACAUAAAGGCCUGAAGAUAUUGGAGGACAGGGCACAUCAGAAUCCAAGCAACUGCAUCCUUCACUUAUCUGACCAUCCAGUCCGCAGCUGUGUUGGGGUGGACAUGAACCAUUCCAACAUCCCAGUUCACCAGUUUCAUGUUGGGCACGGUUUUGGGGUGCAGAGUGGCUUUAUCAUGCAUGAGUUUGAGGAACUCCUAGCGCGGUUGCUUGGCGGUGUGAUAGGUGACACCCAGCUGAGGAUAGGGGAGCAUGGGGGAAUGGUGAGGCUAGGUGAGCUGAGAGGUGGUGAAGAGCGAAGGAUCCCGCUCGACCUUGUGGCAGACUGUGGCUUCAUACUGGUCGGUUACAGUUACCUGGAGGGUGGAAGAGAGGAGCAGCUGAGGACAGGUGAAACAGCCGUUGGUUUCGAAGAGAAAGGCGACAGCCGGUACUGUGGAGUGAGGGAGAUGGGACUGAGCAUCGGUGGCGAGAGGAGGAGCUGCAGUGCAGAGAGGCGGGAUUACCAUGACCCUUUCAUGGCGCGGAGAUGGGCGAAGCAUUUCAAUGUGUACAGGGCCUGAGUAAAAGAGCUUGGUGAUCAGCUGCGAAAUAUGAUUCUUGUUGGUUUCUUUUUUUGAAUUCCUGCAAGCAUCUGUGGGUGGUGUCUGCUUUUGUAUUCUUUUUGUUGUGGAUCUGAAUCCCUGUAAGAUGGUCUUGUCUCCGUGAAAUGUGUGCAGAGUUUUUUCUGUUGACACAUUCUGUUUGUAUGAAUCAGAAUGUGAAACAGACCAUACUGAAAAUGGAAAAUGGUAGUUUUUUUGAGUGAUUUUGAUAAUUAUGAAUGUGAGGAAGUUGGAAGUGUUGUUCUUCAGAA